CCUACUCCGCCAGCCGCGCCUCCGCAGCUACAGCUGAUGAUGGCCAAUGCUACGGAACUUAGCAAACAGCUAGCGGUGUAGCGACGUUAACAUGUGUACGACGUGUUACCUGGUCGUCCAAUGAGUGUGAUAUAUUAGAGUUCAGUAAAGGAGUGUUAAGGAUCAUAGACGGGUCAUGUUAGGGUUCCCCUGGACUCCACCGGGGUUUGAGUAUCGCGUGUAGCUCAAUGCUAACCAGGUUAGCUUGCUUAUGUAGUUUGACAGUAGGAUCAGAGGAGUGUCCAACUAACCGGGCUAACAGCUAGCUGCUUAGCUACAACACAACGUAGCUACUAGUUAGCUGUCUGUUUUGUAAACUAUCUGGCCUUGCUCGACUGUGUGUAUAUGCUGCUGUUUUUCAACAACUCAUAACCCAUUCCAGCCCUGGAUCAGAACUGGACCUGAGCCUUGGCUGUAUAUGAUGUUCAGAACUUUUUUUUUGUUGCAUCACCUGUACCUUACUGCUCCAUUUACCUGGCAUUAUAAUCACAAACCAAUCACACAUCUCUGCUUGGCAACAGUAUGAUUGCUCAUGCUGACCCCACCCAGCCUUCUGGGACAAGAAUAUCCCAAAAUCAAGCUCUCCAAAUGAUAUGAUAGUAGCCACCUGGAUCACUUUUUAUGCUUGCAGGAGCCUCGCACAGGUUCUGCUCUUCCUUUCCUCCUCCAACUGCCUUUGUCCAUUCAGGGAGACCCUUGCGAGUGUGGUCUCCGGCACUGGAACCAUGGGUAACAGCUGUGUGUGCCGGGAGGAUAGUGACCUGGAAGAUCAUCACCAUGGCUCGUCAAGGGCAACCCGAGGACAGGCUAGGCGGGUGGACCACGGUACCGGCGGGGGUGUUGAUGCCGGAGAAGUGAGGAGCAGCAGACCCAGGGACCCCGUCAGGCCUCCACGCAGAGGGCGAGGGCCCCAUGAACCAAGACGGAAGAAGCAGAAUGUGGAUGGUCUGGUGCUGGACACACUGGCUGUCAUCAGGACACUGGUAGACAAUGACCAAGAGCCCCCUUACUCCAUGAUCACUUUGCACGAGAUGGCAGAGACGGAUGAUGGUUGGCUGGAAGUUGUCCAGUCUCUGAUUCGAGUGAUCCCAUUGGACGACCCGCUUGGCCCUGCAGUGAUAACCCUUCUGUUGGAUGAAUGCCCCCUGCCCACCAAGAGCUCCGAGGCCCACCCGACGGUCAUGCUGUUUGCUCUCAUCGCUCUGGAGAAGUUCUCCCAGACCAGUGAGAACAAACUGACAGUGUCUGAGUCGUGUAUCAGCAAUCGACUCGCUGUCCUGGAGUCGUGGGCUGAGCAUUCCGACUACCUGAAGAGGCAGGUCGGGUUCUGCUCACAGUGGAGCCUCGACAACCUGUUCCUUAAAGAUGGUCGUCAGUUCACAUACGAGAAGGUCAACCUCACUAUUAUCAACGCCAUGCUCAACAGCAAUGAUGUGAGCGAGUACCUCAAGAUCUGCCCGACUGGACUAGAGGCACGAUGUGACGCCUCGUCCUUUGAGAGCGUGCGUUGCACAUUCUGCGUGGAUUCAGGCAUUUGGUACUACGAGGUGACGGUCAUCACGUCGGGUGUGAUGCAAAUCGGAUGGGCCACCAAGGACAGCAAGUUCCUCAACCAUGAGGGCUACGGGAUAGGAGACGAUGAAUACUCAUGUGCGUACGAUGGCUGCAGGCAGCUCAUCUGGUACAACGCUCGCAGUAAACCUCACUCUCACCCCUGCUGGAAGGAAGGAGAUGCUAUCGGCUUCCUGUUGGACCUCAGCAAGAAGCAGAUGAUUUUCUAUCUGAACGGACAUCAGCUGCCACCAGAGAAACAGGUCUUCUCCUCCGCCACGUCCGGUUUCUUUGCGGCAGCCAGCUUUAUGUCGUACCAGCAGUGCGAGUUUAACUUUGGGGCCAAGCCUUUCCGUCACCCACCUUCGGUCAAGUUCAGCACCUUCAAUGACUUUGCUUCUCUGCUGCCCAGUGAAAAGAUCAUCCUGCCCAGACACCGGCGUCUAGCCUUACUAAAGCAGGUUAGCAUCCGAGACAACUGCUGUACGCUGUGCUGCGACGUCAUGGCCGACACGGAGCUGCGGCCCUGUGGACAUGGUGGUAUGUGUAUGGAGUGUGCCUUACAGUUAGAGACGUGCCCCCUGUGCCGCCAGGACAUCCAGACCCGCGUCAGACUCAUUGCACAUGUCUCCUGACAAACCUCCUGCCCCUUCUCCUACAUGGAGAGACACACAAACCCUACAGCCUCCUCCUUUAAUCCCCUCUCACCCAGCAGGGCUGGAAGGAUGGCGCCACCAUGUUGUCAUGAUGCCACAACUGUGUCUUCUGGUCAGAGGAGGCGACGAUGGAGGGGAGGAGAGAAGGAAAAAAGGAGAUAAGAGGAGGGGGAAUUAAACCAGCUGGAUUCCUCCCAUUUACCUACUUCACCUCUUUUGUAUAACUCACUGCAGAAGCUGGGGAAGGAAGCAUCAACUUUCUGCCAACAGUCAGACAAAGAGAGCAAGAGUCACAAGCAGAAAUAAUUUAACGAGAAUACAGACAGAACCAAGCUCUGGUCUGCAAACCCCUGCGUAGAGUUGUUAAACGUUGAUUCUAUGAUAUGAGGAUCUCACUGCGCUUUCAGCUCAGAGGCUACUACUAUUUAAUCCCAUUGCCGUCAUGCACACAUCUGCAGAUCUGAAAGGGCCGGUUGCAGAGGAACACAGCCUUUAGUACACUAUUAAACCCAAGGUACAGAUGCAUUUGAGAUAGUCCCAUCUAUAUGUUUUUGGGUAUAGAUAUACGAAUUCUGGUGUUCUCUACGUAGCAUUUCCAUUGUCUUUUCUCGAGGUUAUACCAACUCCUAUCCUUUGGUCAGCUUCACUGUCUGUACUAAUUGAUCGCCCACUGGUAGAGUUUGAAAAAAGACAUUAUCGGGUAAAAUAUCAGAUUUUUAUCUUGUUUUCAUAAAGCUUUAAAGUUCCACAAAGAGUUUUCUGGUUUGGUUUACAAUGUAAAAUUAAAUCAGCUGUCAAGCAACCGAAAGCAUUUUUGACAAAAUGUAUGUUUUACAGCCAGUUCAAAACUUGAAUCUGUAUGGGAAGUAAUUGUCAAGCACGACUGACCCUGCUGCUUUUUGUGCUUUAUUGUCUUUGCUCAGAUGUUGAUAUUUCCUCUGUCUCUGUCCUCUCUGUAACAACCACAACAAAGGAAUACAAAAGAUUUGACAGAAAAUGUAUCCACAAGUUGUAUCCCCCACUUAAAAGUCUUUAUGUUUUAAGAGCCAGUAAGGGGGAAGUAUACAAAUUGACACCGACAACUUCUGAAUUUAUCUUGGAUUGCUUCAUUGGUGCUAACAAUUUGGCAACAAUUCGUAAUUUAGCUUCACCAUGAGUCAGGCUCAGUUGAGGGGCAUCAUAAGUAAAUAUGUCUUAAUUUUUGUUUGUCAUAACAAACACGUGCGUCUGUAUUAAGAUGACUUUUUUUCAACCUUCAAGAUGUGAUUUAAUUUUGUAUUAUAUUGAUGGUGAACGCUGAUAUAGAGACUUGACAGUGUUGUGUUAGCCGAUCAGUAAAUUGUUUAAAACAAAUGUGAAAUGUUGAAGUGAAUCGUUUUUCAUCAAUAUCAGUUUACUAAAUAUCCCAGCGCCAUCUUAAAAUGCAGUGAAAUACCCACUACACAGUUAAAUGACCUAAAGAGUGAGGGCUUCAGUACAGAAUUUCUAUUUAUUUUUGUCUGGUUGGCAGUGUGUUGUCCAAUAUAUCUUUAAGACUGAAUAAAAUGUUGUUGUCCUCUUUGUGCUUUAUAUAACUUAUAAGCUUAUUAUAUAAGCACGUUUAGCCAUUUCUCCAUCUUCCUCCCAGUCUUCAUAAACCUCAUGUUUUCUGUCGUUUCUCUGUCCAUCGCUUACUUGAAGCAUCUCUGGGUUGACAAUGACAUUUUGGAAACGGGUGAUGAAAUAGGAGAGGUAGUUAUUCAAGAAAAACUAUGUACAAUUACAAAAAUCAAUGUUACCAAAUUACCACCAUGAAUAAUUUCGAAUUUAUGUUGGACAAACUGUUGUUGACAGACUUACUACUCCACCAAAUAGCAUGACAAGGAUCUUUGAAAUCAUUCAGACUAUACUGUAAGGAUUUCUGAAGGGUAACAUGCACCUCUCAGUAGGAGAAAGACUGGUUUGCUAUCUUGUAUUUCCUGGAGCACCUUAUACUGUACAUGCAGGUGAGAGAAAUUAUAUGUUGGUCUCUAUGGUUGGAGAUGAAGUUCAGGAUUGUAUAGAAUAAGUUGUGGGUUGUAUUUAAAACAUCGAUAAAGGAAUUUUGCUCAAGAGUUCCCUAAGAUGUGACUGACGAAUUGUUGUUUCCUGGAUUGUGAUAUUUGUAAAAAAUAAAUGUUUGUUCAUCUGA